AUGGCAUCAGACCCGCCCAUCCUGACAGAGCAGGAGGAGCUGCAGAGGAGAGUCAAUCAGGUCACAGAUGAGUCUCUGGAUAGCACAAGGCGGAUGAUGCAGCUUGUUGAGGAGAGUAAAGAGGCCGGGAUCAUAUCUUUGGUUAUGCUGGAUGAACAAGGAGAGCAGUUGGAGCGUAUAGAGGAGGGCUUGGAUCAGAUCAACUCUGAUAUGAAGGAGGCCGAAAAAAACCUGACUGACCUGGGCAAGUGCUGUGGCCUCUGCUCCUGUGAUAAACUCAAGGCCUUUGAGGAGAGCGGGGCGUACAAGGCAGUUUGGGGUGGAGCCUCUGGUCAGGACGGCGUUGUGUCCAAUCAGCCGCCGUUGUCGCGAGUCGUCGAUGAGAGGGAGCAAAUGAUCAUGAGUGGAGGAUACAUACGGAGGGUGACUAACGACGCCCGUGAGGACGAGAUGGAGGAGAACCUGGCUCAUGUCGGCAGCAUUGUUGGAAAUCUGAGGAGCAUGGCUCUGGACAUGGGCAACGAGAUCGACAUGCACAACGCCCAGAUCGAACGCAUCCGGGGCAAGGCGAUUCUCAACGUGUCCCGCAUCGAUGCUGCCAACCAGAAAGCUAACAGUCUCAUGAAACGAUAGAAGGAACGCGCUUCCGUUUUUUUUUUUCUGCAAAUUCAUCCUGCUUG